GUGGAACAAUAAAUUUAUGCUAGCGAUAUCAAUUGCGAGUCGAACCCACCCCUUAAUGCGAAGUCGCAAACUCGAAAAUGUAUCUCACUCCCCACCAAAAUAAGAACCAGAUAAAGAGCAACUACUUUUGUUUAAUUCUUUUGGAAUCCCAAUUUCGAGAUUGCAACUCUUUCGUCACUCACCUUGAGCUAACUGAUGAAUGGGGAAAGAAGGCGCAAAGCCUAAUCAAAAGGAAGAGUUCAGUCUACUCAACCAAGCUCAUUAUAGGCGUCUUUCUACUGCUUUUUGUUCUCGUCCUUUUCCGCACAGAAACCUCCCCUUUCAAGUCUUCUUCUUCGCCCUCUGCUGCUUCUUGGGUUUUCUUCGAGAAAUGGAGAGGAAUGGUACUUGGUACCAACCAAGUUCGGAAUCCCUCCAAUAUAACGAACACUCUUGCCUCAAAGCUCCGAGACUCGGUUACUUUCCUUCCCUUGAAAGACCUCAGAUUUGCUGAAACAGCUAUGACAGGGAACGCGUGGUUUAUGAGCUCCUUGAAUGAUACCUACGAGAAAAACGAAGCAGAGCACCUAUACUUCCCUUCACAAACAUCCAAGGGAAGGCUUCUGUGUAUUAACGGGCAACUCUGCCGAUGGCUCCGAAAAUUCGUACGGCCUGGCAUGGCCAGAAAGUCUUCCGGAAUCCGCAGUGUUCAUGAAGGGCUUGACCUUUGUGUCAGACACUUGCUAUGAAAAUUUAUGGCAUGGGGUGUGCACUGUGGCUCCAUUUGUUGGUUGGUCCAUCAAAAAAUGGCUGCUUGAGACCAACAAGAUGGGUGUUGUUUCAUUAUGGACCUUACUGUUUCGAGAGGGCGGUGGUGAUGAGGCAUAAUUUGGGGAGCAUGGGGAAGGAGAAGAGGCUUCAGGGUUUCGAUUUAUUGAGAUGUAAAGCAAGGGGUUUUUGCAGCAUAAACCAGGUUGGUAGGGAAAGAGAAGUCAAUGAAAAAGGGGAGCCAAUCAUAAGGGUAACUUUCCUAAUGAGGAGAGGUUCGAGAUCAUUCAAGAAUGCAACUGCGGUGAUCGACAUAUUUGCAAGGGAGUGUGCGAGGGUGGAGGGAUGCUUGCUGAAGGUGAGAGUUAUGAGUUACACCGACAUCGUUGCAUCGCCUCAUGGAGCUCAGCUAACAAAUAUGCUCUUCAUGGAUAGAAGUAGCAGCAUAAUGGAAUUUUUCCCCAAAGGAUGGUUGGAACACGCAGGCAUAGGCCAGUAUGCACAUCACUGGAUGACAGAUCUAUCUGGGAUGAAACACCAGGGUGCCUGGUGGGAACCAAUAGGCGAAAAGCAAUGCCCAUUUCCCCAACAAGGUCCGAGCUGCUUUGACUUCUACAAAAAUGGCCGAGUUGGUCACAACGAAACCUUCUUUGCAGAGUGGACAAGAACCGUACUCAAACAAGUCAGACUAAGCAAAUUGGAUGAAGCCACCAAGAUUGCACCACUGAAAUCAAGCGCUUGUCUUUGCUAGUUGUCAUUUCCCUUCUUACAGACUUGAAGAGUACUCACUUGUGACAUUGGUUUCUUUUGAUUUAGAGAUCAAGCAAUUCCUUCUAUGCG